UGUUCCUUCCCGUUUCGUACGCCAAAGCCCAACGCCGCAUACUUACCCGUCACACAAAGCGGCGGCCAGCGCCACACGGAACCUGCCUAGCUAUAGGUGGACGGGUAGCUAGAGAGCGAGCUGAGCAGGCGAGCGGGCCAGCUACGUGGCCGCCGGGCCAGGUCGUCGUCCUCCCCAGGCUCCCAGAGCUCGCGCGCCGCGCCCGCCCUAUAUAUCUCGCGCCGCGCCGGGCGGCAGAAGGGAAGGUUUGGGCAAGCAAGAGCGGCCACCGCAUUUCAUUCCGCCACCAACACUAACUAGCUCAUUGCAUUAAUCCUUCCCGGCUUCACGGGUGAUCACAUCAGCGGCGAGAGAAAGAAAGAUGUCGCAGGGCGCGUCGAGGUGCGCGGCGGCGUGGGCGCAGGCCGAGCGCCGGCCGUUCACGGAGCCGAUCGAGAUCCCGGGGGUCGCCCCGGGCGCGCGGGAGGCGUGGUUCCGGGAGGUGGAGGAGGAGGACGGCGAGGUGGUCCCGCCGCACGUGCUGCUGGCGCGGCGCAGGGCGGCCGGGGCCGGGGCCUCCUCGGUGUGCUCCGGGCAGGGCCGGACGCUCAAGGGCCGGGACCUUCGCCGCGUCCGCGACUCCGUCCUGCGGAUGACCGGCUUCAUCGAGAGCUAGCCCCCAGCCGGCGGCGCGCGUCGAUCUGCCUGCCUCUACCUCCAACUCCUCGGUUAGCUUAGCGUCAAUGCAGCAGCGUGCAGUUCCAAACGGUUGGUUGAAUAGUACUACUGUUUGAGUCAGUCCUUCAUUGGUCAGUUCCCUUUGUGGAUUGAGGUUAGAAAAAAUUGAUGCGGCGAGGCAUUUUGCAUUCCUUUGUAAAUUCAAAGAAAGUGAGGUGAAUUCAGUCGUAGACGUGUGGUGUGUUGAUGUAAAUAAAUACACAUGUGCAUCAGUGCAUUCACCAAUUUGGUUCA